GAGCAAUACCUGCAGUGGAGGACCCUCCCCAGGAGCAGCAGCCUGUCAGCAUGGCUCAGGAGUUUGUGAACUGCAACAUCCAGCCUGGGAAGGUGGUGGUGUUCAUCAAGCCCACCUGCCCCUACUGCAUACGGACCCAAGAGCUCCUCAGCCAGUUCUCCUUUAAACAAGGGGCUUUGAAGUUUGUCGACAUCACAGCCACCAAGGACACAGACAAGAUUCAAGAUUAUUUGCAACAGCUCACGGGAGCGAGAACAGUACCUUGAGUCUUUAUUGGUAAAGAGUGUAUAGGUGGAUGCACUGAUCUAAUAAAUAUGCAUGAAAAAGGGGAACUGUUGGUGCGCCUAAAGCAAAUUGGAGCUCUACAGUAAUUACAGAGCAGACCACAGGC